AUGGCUAGUAUGCUGCAUUCAAUGGAAGAGCUCUCUAUUCAAAAAACACAGGGAGAGUUAAAUAAGCUGAAAGGAAGAAUCGAGCAGAAAGAAUUGGAUAGUUUUGAUGAAGGGGAGUUCUUUGACUUUGGCAUGGUGACUGUGACGGAUUCCGAUGCCAAGGAUUCGCGACCAGACAUUACAGUGGUGCACCUUGUUGGAGGAACCAUUGAACAACCCACCAUCGAAUAUGUGCGGAGCAAAACAAAGGGAGCAGAGGGAGUUGAUGAGAUUAUGCGAUUGAGGACUCUCUUGAGUCAAUACGCGGCUAGGGCGGGAAUCAAGAUAAUUCAUCGCUGUGGGCUCCUCAUUGGCGAAUUCAAGCGGUCACCUCCACGUGGAGAUGCUGAUAUUGUUGGGGUCACCGAGAUCUUAGAGAUCCAGACGGAGGAUGUGCCAGAUGCCGAUGAGGACACAUUCAAUCCUACUACCGGUGAAUCUUGGGAGGGCAGCCUUCUAGCCCUUCUUUCAGAGGCUAUUGAGGACACAAUGCGCUACUGCGCAGUACACUUUCUAAUCUAUCCUACAGCCGUGGAGGUCAUCGCCUUGGCGAGUGCUGGUCCAUUCUGGAAAUGGGCCACUAUCAGGCGAGGCGACGUUCCUGAAUAUGAGUGGUUGGAGGAGGUUCCUCGGACGGAUGAAAAGAAUGAGAAGUUGCGGAACGACUUUGGAGGUCACUUUGGACCUGAGUUCUUCAUUCUGGCAACACGACAAUCUGAUGCCGAGAUCAACAAAAUGCGUGAUGUCAUGUUCACGCUCAUCAACCAAUCUCAUCAGGAGUAUCCGCCAUCACCAACCGAUCUUAACUUUACCUUGAUACCUGAUGAGCCAAAAUUACAAUACCAAUACCAGUAG